AUGCUUGUGCGGUACGGCGCAGUCCUUCUCUUUCUACUCAUCUCCCUCGGUAGCGCCGCGGGCAAUCGGUCUAAUAGAACCUACCUUCUCCAUUUCCAGAUAUCACCACGUGCCAUAGUCUCGGACGCAUGCGCAUCAUACUCAACCCUCGAUCGCCUCAACAGCAAUCUGAAGCCGGCCAUCGACGACCUCACGAGAUCGACCGACUUCUUCUCUCACUACAGACUGAACCUCUUCAACAAAAAAUGUCCAUUUUGGAACGACGAGGGCGGCAUGUGCGGCAACAUUGCCUGCGCCGUUGAGACGCUCGACAACGAGGAGGAUAUACCCGAGGUCUGGCGCGCCAGCGAGCUCGGUAAGCUCGAGGGCCCGUUGGUUGAGCACCCCAACAAAAAGGCCCAGAAGGAGCAGCCGGAGAAGCCGCUACGCGGGAAGCUGGGCGAGGAUGUGGGCGAGAGCUGCGUCGUCGAGUACGAUGACGAAUGCGAUGAGCGCGACUACUGCGUGCCUGAAGACGAGAGCGCCUCCGCCAAGGGAGAUUAUGUCAGCCUGCUGAGAAAUCCUGAGCGGUUCACCGGGUACGCCGGGGCCGGUGCCGCCCAGGUCUGGGAUGCCAUAUACCGGGAGAAUUGCUUCUCGCGGUCAUCGUUCCCGAACGCGCCAAAAUCGCCGUCGUCAGGUUUGGGCGGCGACCUCUCGAGCAACAACAAGAACCCGGCUGCCAUGGACUUCCGAUCCGUUUUGGAGGCGGCGGGGCGGCAGCAGGUUCUACAGGAGAGGCGUGCUGAGGAGCCUAACACGCCGUUUGUGGCCAAGACGGGCCUGGAAGGCGAAGACGAGUGUCUCGAGAAGCGAGUCUUUUACCGCGUCAUCUCGGGCAUGCACGCGAGCAUCAGCAUGCAUUUGUGUUGGGACUUUUUGAACCAGACGACGGGGCAGUGGCAGCCAAACUUGGCCUGCUAUGAGAACCGUCUGCACCGCUUCCCGGACCGGAUCAGCAACCUCUAUUUCAACUAUGCGCUCGUGACGCGCGCCGUCGCUAAGCUCGGCCCGCACCUGUCGGGAUAUACUUUUUGCACGGGCGACAGGGAUCAAGACGCCGCAACCCGCGCCAAGGUCCUGGCGGUCACCCAGGGUGCGGCCAGCGUGCCUCAGACCCUGGAUGAGUCCCUCAUGUUCAAGAACGGCGAGGGCCCGUCGCUCAAGGAGGAUUUCCGGAACCGGUUCCGCAACGUCAGCCGCCUGAUGGACUGCGUGGGCUGCGACAAGUGCCGCCUCUGGGGCAAGCUGCAGACGGCGGGCUACGGCACGGCCCUCAAGGUCCUGUUUGAGUUUGACAACGUCCAGAACGACGGGGAUAUACCGCUUGUUCUUAAGAGGACCGAGCUGGUGGCGCUGUUCAACACCUAUGCCAGGCUCAGCUCAUCGCUCAGCGCGUUGGGUCAGUUCAGGCAGAUGAUCGAAGAACGUGAAGGCCUCAAGAGCGUGCAGGACCAAGAGGGGCAUGUACCCAAAGAGAGCGAGAAACCCAGCGCCAAGGGCAUACCUGAUCGGGCGAGGAAGCCUCACCGUGUGAUGGAAGACGUCGAUAACGAGACCGAGGAAGACUUGCCUCGCUAUAAAGAACCUGAGAAUCUCACUGAGGAGUUUUAUCAGGAGUUGGACAAAGUCUACAGAGUGUUUAAAUAUGUUAUCAAGCAGUGGGCUGCAUUCCCAAUGACCAUUUGGUACAUUAUCUCAAACGAGGCCACGCGGUUUUGGCAAUUCUAUCUUGGGUUACCAGUGUCACCACGACAGUGGGCAUUCCAACGUCCCAAUGUUGAUGAGCUAUGA